AUGGCAGUUCCAAAAAAACGUACUUCAAUGUCAAAAAAGCGUAUUCGUAAAAAUAUUUGGAAGAAAAAGACUUAUUUUUCCAUAGUACAAUCUUAUUCUUUAGUAAAAUCAAGAUCAUUUUCGAGCGGUAAUGAGCAUCCAAAACCAAAGGGUUUUUCUGGGCAACAAACAAAUAAUAAGAUUUUGGAAUAA